AUGAACGACAACUUUGGUAUUGUCGAGGGUCUCAUGUCCACCAUUCACGCCACUACUUCCACUCAAUUGACCGUCGAUGGUCCUUCUAAGGGUGGUAAGGACUGGAGAGGAGGCCGUUGCGCUGCUGCCAACGUCAUUCCUUCCUCCACCGGUGCCGCCAAGGCCGUCGGUAAGGUCAUCCCCUCUCUCAACGGUAAGUUGACUGGUAUGUCCUUCCGUAAGGCUGCCACCUACGACGAGAUCGUUGCCGCCGUCAAGAAGGCCUGUGAGGGUGACAUGAAGGGUGUCAUGGGUAUCACUUAUGAUGAUGUCGUCUCCACUGAUAUGUGCAACGACAAGCACUCUUCCAUCUUCGAUGUUAAGGCCGGUAUCGCUCUCAAUGAGCACUUCGUCAAGCUCGUCUCCUGGUAUGAUAACGAGUGGGGUUAUUCCAACCGUCUUGUUGACCUCGCUGUUCAUAUGAGCAAGGUUGACGCCACUGCAUAA